AGAAUACUAAUGCGUCCAUGGCAAUUCUUCUAUUUUGUCAUGAAUGUAUUCAUACAGAAAAAUACUGAUCGUCUAGUAUAUUUUAUUUGAAUGGAUAUACUGUUGUAAUAUUUUCAUACAAAUCGUAAAAUCAUGUCUUUACUAACAUUGCUGGAAGACGUUGAUGAAAAAUUAACUGAGUCUUUGAUCGAUAAAGACGACUUAGACAUUUUUGCUGAAAACAACGUAAACAUUAUUUUCUUUAAUGUUUGUUUUUUGCAUUGUAAUUAUACAUUUUUUUUAGCAAGGACAAACUGCCCUACAUUUGGCAUCUGCCCGUGGACUUCAACAUAUCGUAGAUGCUUUGUUGGACAAAGGCACAAAUGUAUGUGCAAAGGAUUUAAGUGGGAAUACUCCACUACAUUUGGCCGCUCGACAUGGAAAUUUAUCUGUAAUCGAAAGUCUAUUGUUACGACAACCAAGAAUCGCUUAUGAUCAGAAUCAUGUAAAUGUCUAUCAAUAUUUUUGUAAAUUCUGAUGGUUAUAUAUAUAUAUAUAUAUAUAUACAUAUUAUAUUUAUAGAAUGGAGACACUCCAAUGCACAUAGCAUGUCGCUAUGGCUAUUUAGAAUGUGUAAUGAAAUUGGUGGAACAUAAUAACACAACAGAUAUGGUGAAUGAAAAUCUAGAUACGCCGUUAUUGGUAGCCAUAACAGAAAAACAUGAAAAUGUCGCGGUAUAUUUACUACGUAAUUCGCCAGGAAAUUUAAACAUUUUUAACAAUGUAAAUUUUAUUUUUUUGAAAUUCAAACAUGUAUAUUCAUAUAUAUUAGAUAUAUAUAUAUAUAUAUAUAUAUUUAUUAUUAGGAAGGUAACGCUCCUAUUCAUGUUGCGGCGCAAGAAGGUUUAUUAAAUGUUAUUGAAACAAUAAUACAUUUAGGGUAUAAUUUUGAAUAUCCAAAUAAUAGAGGACUAUAUCCACUGCAUAUAGCUACUAGACAUGGACACGUUGAAAUCGUUAGGUAUACCUUUUGGUUGAAUAUCAUUUGUUUAUAUUAUUAAUGCUCUUCAAUUUAAUUAAAUGCUACAAAUUAGAUGUUUGUGUAUUGCGGGAAGUGAUCCUCAACAACGUAGUGCAGACAAUAUUAAACCUGAAAUUACUGCUAUAAAAAAUAAUCAAAAAGAAAUAUUGACAAUAUUUACUAAAUUGAAUACUGUAAGCUUACUUAUUCGGACACAUUAUUAUUGUUGUUGGUAUAUAUAUGUACUUUAUUUUUUUUUUUAAAAUAGAAUAGUGCUAGAGAAAAUUACAUCCAACAACUUAUCCCUAGCAAUGAAUUCAUACAAAACACUAAUUUAUUAUUUUUUGGACAUUCCAAUGCUGGUAAAUCAUCAAUUAUACGCUUAAUGAAACUGGGUCUGUUUUCAAUACUGCUUGACAAAUCGCGUAAUACGCUAAGAACAAUCAAUAACAACAGUAAACAUACAUCAAAUUUAUUUUAAUUUUUAGCACUAACCACUUGUUUAUUUUUAAUCAGGAACUAUGACAUCACAAGGGCAGUGCAUUAAUGGAAAUGAUAUGAAUCUCACUGAAUACAAUACUACAAAUACUUCCAAUUAUUAUAAACAUGAUGGUACCCGGGGUAUUUCAGUACAAAAGGUAUAAAAUAGAAUGAAGUAUUGGAUAACAUUUAUUUAAAAAAUACAAUCUAUAGGAAAAAUUAUCGGGUGUCAAUGAAUGCACAUUUUGGGAUUUCUCUGGAGAAGAUACUUACUAUAACUCUUAUCAUUUUGUAAUUCAAAAUACACCAAAUAAAGUGAUUGUAAUUGUUUAUAAUGAACAACAAUCUGCAAUAGAAAUUUUGAAAACUGUGCGCUUUUGGCUUAGCUUUGUUCAAGCAAGACUUCAAAUAACAGAACCAAUAAGUUUGUAGUAUAAUAUUUCAAUAUUUUUGUUAUAUUUAAAUCAUUAAAUAAUCUUUUAGGUAAGAAUGGUAUUUCAAAUCAUUUAGUACCUGCAUUAAUAGUUGCUACGCAUAAUGGUCAAAGAACAUUUCGUCAAUCUGAUCAAUUAAUUAAAACUAUGAAAAGCGAAUAUGGACAUGUAUUUCAAAUACAUGAUCAGUUGGUACUAUUCAAUGUUAUGGCAGUGGACUCAUUAAGUGUAAAAAACUUAAAAGAAGCAAUUAGUUUAUGUAAAAAACGGCUUCAUUUUGUAAGUAAUUCUAUUUAUUAUUUUUUAAAUAUUAUUAUAUAUUCAUAUAUAUAUAUAAUUACUUAUAUAACUUUUGCACUCUAUAAUUAUUAAAACUCAAUAGUUGAAUUAAACUUUUCUGUCAGGGAUACUACCGAGGAGACAUCAUUUGUGGUACAAACAAUAUGAGCAAAUUAAAUAAGCUGUCCUUCUUCGUUCGAAGCGGUUAUAAAUUACUCGAUGAUCUACCUAGGGAAAACUAUUAUAACACUAAGUCUUCAGUUACAAGAAUUGAGGUUCUAAUUAUAUUCAAUAACGCUCAGUUUUUUUUUUUUUUUAUGUAUACAUUAUAAAUAGUGUGCAUUAAAUUCAAAUAGCACUUAUUUAAAAUGUGUGAUACUAUGAUUUAACACACAUUUUUAUGAAGUAAUUCAAUAUGCCAUUUGAAUUUCAAACAUUAUUUUUUACAUAUUUAAUUUGUAUUUUUGUUUAUUACAAAACUAUUCACUUAUAGUAGAACUGGUUUCAGAACAUUCCCAGAAUGAGUGGUUUUUGUGAAGCUGUACAGAAUUUUUUACCAAAAUUAAGAAAAAUUGCAAAUCCAUUUCCAGUACUGUCUUGGAAGACAUUCUGUGACACUAUUCAUCUUGAAAUAAACCCAUUGGCUACUAAUCAGCAUUUAAAUAUAUUACUGAUCCAGCUACAAAAUCUUGGAGAAGUUAGUUAGCAUAGUAAAGCAUAUAUUUUUCAAAAUAAUAUGAUUAUUGAUUAUUUUCCUUUUAGAUAUUAUAUUUAAAAUCUGGCUUACAACCAGAUUUGAUUGUUAUAUCUCCAAAUUGGUUUGGAUCUAAUAUAAUCGGCACACUAUUUUCUGUAGACUUCUUGAUCAGCCAGACUCGCAUGUGCGGCUCUUAUCAAGCAAACGAUUUCCAAAUAAUGUUUCCUCAUUAUGAUGCCAUGUCUGUACUGCAACUAUUGGAAACAAUGAAAAUAUGUGUCCAAGUAUAUUAUUUUUUAAUUAAAAUAUAACAUCAUUUGUGUAAUCUCAAAUUGUUUAUUACUAUUUUAAAUUAAAAAAUAUGAAUAACUAUUAUUUUGCUAAGAGGAUGCGAUACCCUAAUUUAUUGUCUUUCUUUAUCUUAUAUGCAAUACAGUGAAAUAGCUCUGCACCAAAUUUAAUUGGUCGUAUUUAAAAACAUUAAUAGUUUAAACCUUCCCGAGCCACGUUUAUAGAGAAUAAUAUUUUCCAAACUGUGCAAUAUUUUUUUUUAUAUCAAACAAAAUAGUUACAGCUAUUAGAAAGUUAAACAAGUCUAUGUGGAUAUAAUUUCCUUAUAACUAUUAUCACUAAAAUAUACAUUAUAAAUAAUUAUUUCUUUAUUAUUUUAGUAUGACAAUGAUGGGGAUAUUGAGUACGAAUUUCCAGCAUAUAUUAUAAGAGAAAAAGAUGAAGCAUUUUGGAAACCAUGGAGUAAUAAUAUGGAUAGUUGUUAUGGUGGUAUUCGGCUCACUCCUCAGUGGCAAUUUCUUGAAAUUUUAACAUCAAUUUUUAUUAGAAUACAAGUAAUGAAAAACCAUUUAAUUUUGUUUGUUACUAUUUAAAGUAGUAUAAUCCACUUUAUAUUGGUUUCAGGUGGAAUUACGUUACUUACAAAACAAUUAUUAUGAAGACAUGGACAGCUACUUAUACCAAUGGUACGGUGGUACUGUGUUAUGUAUAAGUAAUAUAGAAUGCAUGGUAUCUAUUGAGCAAGAUGGUUGCAUCGAAAUAAAAAUACGUGGAUCUAAAUCAUCUAGUUAUACCUGUUUUUAUUUUCUAGAAGAAAUUUUACAUUCAAUUAAUUUAGUAAAUAAAGAUUUUUAUUUUUAUCAAUGGAAUAAUGCUUAAUUAAUAUAAUCAAACAAUUUAUGAAUUUUAUUUUAGGUUUUAACUGAAAUAUGCCCUGGAAUGAAAAUAAUCAAAGAAUUUUUAAGUCCCUCAAAUUUAUCCGAACAUUACAUACAACCGCAUGGAUAUAGUAUCAGUGACAUAUUUUAUUCAACAAGGAAGAAUUCUGAUUUUAAAUCCUUUGUCAUUAAUCCAUUAACAGGCCAAAACGAAUGUAUAUUAGACGUAGUUGCAUUUGGAUGUGAGCAGGUGAAAAUCUAAUCUAUUAUCAAUACUUGAUUAUUUUUUCACACCACAAUAAAUAAAUAAUAUUUAUUUAAGGUGGAAAACAUGUUGUCGAGUACAGAAAAUUUACCUUUAACAGAAUUAAGUAUCAUGUGUCGACAAGAAUUGAGUAGACUUCUUGAUCCAGUUCAUCCGUUGGGCAGAGACUGGGCAUUAUUUGCUCUUAAUAUUGGAUUAGAUUCAAAAGUUCAGUUGUUUGAUAAUGAACCAACCAGUCCUUUUCUUGCAUUAAUAGAUACUUGGGCAACAAUUGAACCCACACCAACAAUAGGUGAAAAUGAAUUUUUUGUAAUACAAAAUAUUGACUAAGCUCAAAAAUGAUUGGGUAUUGAGUGUUGAUUUUUAGAGGUUUCUUGUGAUAAAAUAGAAAUAUUAUACAUUAUUUUUUAAAUUUUAAUACCCACUCUUAAAAUCAUCACAAUUACUACCACUCAUUUUUUGCUAGCUAGACAAAAUAUUUCAUUUCAAAACAUAAAUUAAUUCUCUAGGUACACUGAUCAACCGAUUAAAUGAAUUAGGACGCGAAGAAGUAGCAUUGGUGGUUUUGCAACACGUGCAAUGUUUUAGAAUAAAAGUCAUGGACCUCAAUAACAGCUUAGCGACAAUAAAUCAAUUACAAUAAUACAAAUUAUUUUUAAUAAUUGUAAGUUUUGGCAGCACAAAGUAUCGGAGUUUCAAUUAUUAUUUCUAGUCAAUUAAAAUUGAAAGAAAGUGAUUUGUUUGAAAACACACUUAUAUUUCCUAAAUGUAUGUUAGACACAUUUAUUUUGUAUAAUAAACACGUGCAAUAUGUUUUUGUUCAAAAAAUUGCACUUGUGUAGUGCAAAUACUAUACUUUUUAGAUUUUUUUACACUCUAUUGAUUUUGAAAUACAUGUUGAACUGAUAAAAAAAAUUAAUUUUGUUUUGUUUUAUUGAUUAUUCUUGAAAUGCUGAUUCUAAUGAUUGUACAUUUUCACUGUAAAACAAUGUAUUUAAAAGUGUAAUUUAAAUUAUUCAAAUUUAGAAAAUGAUAAUUUGUCCUCGAAAUCUCUCUGAUACCUUGCGACAUAUUGAAGUUUGUGUGCACCAUUUGAAUCAUAACAGUCAAAAUAUUGUAAUUCUAAAAGCCUUUCUGGAUAAUUUGGUAAAAAAUAAAUCCAGCAACUACGAAUAUCACCAUUUGGUAAUUUGACCUCAAUUUUUUGUCGAUUAUAAAAAUCUGGAUGAUUUUCGAAGUCAUCCAAAAACUCCAUCAUUUUUGCAUCAACAUCAUAGAUUUCACCACUUAUUUCCUA